CGCGCAUGUUGUCACUCUCGUUGAACUGCCUGCCGCCUGCAACUUGGACUUGCUUCUCGCAUCUCGUCCACUCCUCAUCCUCAUGUGCCAGUGUCUCCGUCCUCCCAGACUGUACCUACGUAUUUCCUGUGCGGUUCCUCCCUGCUGAGUUAGCUCUCUGGUACCUCUUCUGGCUUCCAUCCAGCGAACAGCCCUGCUUGAGGGCUCCCUGAUAUCCUGUCCUCGCUGAUCUCCCGGAUUCUGGUCGCACCUUACCAGGAGAUAUCAUGGCCGACGUUUCCUCCACCCGGCUCUAUUUGGGCAACCUUCCGCGCAAUAUCACGAAGCAGGACAUCCAGGAUCACUUUGGCACCCAUGGCGCAGGCUCCAUCAAAGAAAUCAAGCUGAUGAAUGGCUUCGGCUUCAUUGAAUAUGAGGAUCCCAUGGAUGCGCGGGACGUAGUCCCAGCCUUUCAUGGAACAGAGUUCAAGGGUGAACGUUUGACAGUCCAGUUUGCCAGAGGUCCACGCCGUAAAGAUGACUUCAAUGGUCCCUCAGAUCGGAAUAUUCCACGACCGCGGCGUACAAUCUAUCGCAUGCAAAUCACUGGGCUCCAGCCGGACACUAGUUGGCAGGAUCUGAAAGAUUUUGCUCGCAACUCGGGUCAACUAGACGUCGUCUAUUCAGAGACAGGCCGUGAACGUGAUGGCAAAGGCUUCGUCGAAUUCGAAACACAGGCCGAUCUCAAGACAGCCGUUGAAAAGCUAGAUGGCCAAACCUUCAAAGGUGCUACAGUUCAUUGUGUUGCAGAUAUCCAGGAUGAGCGACCCGACAUGCGAAGCUAUCGACAAAGAUCUCCCCCUCGAGGCCGUUAUGGUCCGAUGGACGACUACCAUGACCGCCGCGGCCCUCCGCAACGUGGCUGGAGCCCUCGCGGUUCAGGUUAUCGUGAGCGUUCCCCAGGACGCCGUCCUCCUCCUGAUGACUACUACGACCGCUAUGAACGAGGCUAUGGUAGACGAACUCCGCCACCACGGGAUUACCCACCACCACCUCCAAGACGAUAUGAUGGAGACCCAUACGACAGCCGAGGCCCUCCUCCACCACCCGUUCGCGGCUACGGAGAUCCCUACCGGAAUGGAGACCCAUACGGCCCCCGGCCACGAAGCCCUCCUCGUGGCUAUGGCUACGGUGGCGGUUACGGUGGCGGUUACGGCGGCUACGAUGGUCGAUAUUAGGACGACCCUUCAACAUCCUUUCGAUCUCACCAACCGACAGGUGACCGGGUGAGCCGCAGGCUCAUGUUCUUCUCACCCUCAAAAGUUUGCUUUCCUUAGGAUGUCUACAUCCACCCUCCUGUUCCGGCUGGACCUGGGUCGGAUUCUUCCACCGCUUUGUGCCGAGAGUGCAACGACUGCAACAGAUUGAACUGAGGAAAUGGACCGCCGGAAUGGAUUGCUUGCUCUUAUGCUUGAGCGGUUUCUGUAAUAGUAUCGAAAAUGCUUGAUUUUCCCUGCGCCCAUGGUUUGCGAUCCGAGUCUCAAAAUGUGCAGAUCUUCUUGGUACCCGAAAACGACACGAUGGACCCGUUUAGUCCGGAUGGAUCCACGAGAGGACAGCCCUGGGCCCAAGCAUACCUUUUUUCUGGUGAUCUAGGUCCGCUGGCGUCUAUCCCACAACUACCUAGUCAUGGUCAAAGCCUCGCGGGCAGCUAAUUCUGUGAGCUUCCCUGCUGGAGUCCGAGAUAUCGUGGGGCCUGAUCAUGCUGUGGCCAUCUAAGGACUUCCACGCACAUCAUGCAUCGACGUCCAAUUCUAUCGAUGACUGACCAGGACUAGUGAUAGUGGAGUGCUGAGGUAUGGGUAAGUCACAGCACUUUCAAACAAGGUAGUCGCACUGUAAUCGGAGAACACUGUAAUUCAAAUAGAGGCAGGACGUGCUCGCCCGCCGAAGAUGCCCGUGAUUGUGUUCGCUAAGUCCGGACUACGCGAGCCGGAUCUCACUCGGGCGUUCGUGAAUCUAGUAGGUAUGCUGCUAGACAGUCGUGGAGUCAUAAGAUGUAUGUGGUCUGGGCCAGUAAGUCAUUUUGUAGAAGCAUAAUCAAUCAUAAUCAUAAUCGUUUUCCAAAAAACUUUUU